AUGCGACCCUCUUCGUCUUCUUCGUCUUCUUCUUACUCCCUAACUUCAACGAGUUUGAGCAAUAGACUCCUAACCAUAUUUAGGAAAGCAGAACAACUCUCUGUCUUGUGUGAAAUUGAUGUGUGCGUUAUCUACUACGGACCACAAGGAGACCUAAAAACGUUUCCAAACGAGAAAGAGAAGGUGAGAAACAUGGCUAUGAGGUACAGUCGGCUAGACGAAUCAUUGAGAAGCAAAAAACGCACACAUCUUUCUGAGUUCCUUGAGGAGAAUCCGAACAAGAGGAUGAAGACGAGUCCGAGUCCGGAGAAGAAUGUGGAUGUAUUGAAGUAUCCAAUCUCUGAUCACUACUCUCCCGACCAAAUCUCCCAAUUGAUUCAGUCCUUGGAACUCAAUCUCUCUACGUCCCAACAAAGGCUUCGAUUUCUUCUUGAGUCGCACGAGAAACACAAACUACUCGAUCAUCAUCAUCAUCAGAGUUUAGCUUCAUCAUCCUCUCAGAAUCAUCAGACCCAAUCUUUGAACCCUAGCCAGAAGUUCUCGCUCUUUAUGUAUAACCAUGGAGAUAAUAAUCUCUCUCAGAUCCCAGUCUCUGCAUCAAAUCUCAGUCAGGAUUUCUCAGCGCUACUUGAAGAAUCUCACCUGAAGAAUCAGUUAAUGAAGCAGGAGCUCUCUGAUUGUGAUCAGAACAUAUGCAUGAGUGACAUCACCAACAACAGUUUUCAACAUCCUUGCGUCUCAAACACAGAAGCAGUACAAGAAUCUGUGAAUAACUAUGGGCUGAAUCAGUUGAUGCAGAAUCAGUUUUAUGCUUGUGAUCAGAACAUAUGCAUGAGUGACAUCACCAACAACAGUUUUCAACAUCCUUGCGUCUUAGAAACAGAACACUCAGGGGUACAAGAAUCCUUUGGGAUGAAUCAGUUGAUGCAGAAGGAGUUUUAUGGCUAUGAUCAGAACAUGUCUAGUAUGGGUAUCAUCAAUAGCAGCAGCUUUCAACAUCCUUGCGUCUCAAACACAGAAGCAGUACAAGAAUCUGUGAAUAACUAUGGGCUGAAUCAGUUGAUGCAGAAUCAGUUUUAUGCUUGUGAUCAGAACAUGUCUAGUAUCAUGGGUAACUCCGGGUUGAUGCAGCAUGAAGUUUAUGGUUAUGAUCAGAAUCUUUGA